GGCCAGAAGCGCAACUUUACGCACCGGCAGGAAGAGGAACAGAAGCAGAGGGAAGCGACUCAAAGAGGAGCUUUUAUAAGAGGAGCGUUUUUUAACUCCGCAUCCAGAUCAACUAUCCAGUCACUCAAAGCUUUAACAGAAUGAUGCUGCAGCACUCGGGUCCCUCGCUGGCUGACAUCAGCUGCUCCGCCUUGGUCCCCUGCCUCUCCCCGCCUGGGACGCUCACCCUGGACGACUUCACCAAUUUCACACCCAUUGUGAAAGAGGAGCUGCGGCUGGCCAUCCAGACCAAGCGGCUGUCCAACGGGCUCAGUGCUGACAUAAGCUCCGACGGCGCCAGCUCCAGCUCGGACCGAGCCUCAGAGUACCUUGCCUGUGGAUCAGGAGUCAAAAGAGAGGUGACACCUCAGGAGCACGACAGGCGAAAGAGGCGGAGAGAGAGGAACAAAAUUGCUGCUGCCAAGUGCCGCAACAAGAAGAAGGAGAAGACAGAGUGUCUGCAGAAGGAAUCAGAGAAACUGGAGAGUGUCAACGCGGACCUGAAGGCUCAGAUCGAGGAGCUGAAGCAGCAGAAGCAGCAGCUGGUCUACAUGCUCAACCUGCACCGGCCGACCUGCAUCGUCCGAGCCCAAAACGGACAAACGCCCGAGGACGAGAGGAACCUCUUCAUCCAACACAUCAAGGAGAGCACCUUACAACUCCACAACCUCACCUCCUCCACCACCACCACCUCCUCCUCUUCCUCCUUGUCCACAUCCAUCUCCACAGUGGCACCUGUAGAUGGUGGAUUUCUUUCCCUUGAUCACAUUCAUUGUUCCAGUCACCUAUGAACGACCAGGUGUUUUUUGCCACUUAAGACUUGUAAUGCUUCCACCCGCUGCCAUCGAUGUAGCACAGAGAGGCAGGUGGAGCCGCCACAUAGACUUAUGACCUGAGAAUGACAGCGGCGUAUAAUAAACGCCACCUUUGGAUGACUCUCAUUCACUGUCCACAAAAGCUGCUAUUUGCGGCAUAAAGUGUCCUCACCACCUCCCACUCCCUGAAACCGCAGCUGCUGAUUGGACAGGAAGUGACAUGCCAUGGACAGCACCUUGACAAACAUUAGAAACAGUCAGGGCCAAGGACAAAUGCUAAAGCACUAAAAAACUAAACAAAAACAUCAAUUGCUUUUUUUUUUUUUUUGAAUAGAUGAGAGUCUGAUUUAAUGUCUGAUUUUUGUACCAAAGCGUGAUUUCAAGGUGAUCAAAGGCACAUAAUUUAACUGUUCACCCACAAAGAAAGUAGACGCAGAUUGAUCGUGUGAGUGUGUACAGGCAUUUGACUGUGUUUGCGCUGCAAGUCACUGACUUUAAAAAAAAACAAAAAAACGUCUGUGCUUAGUGUAUGAAAAAUAGUAUAUUUAUUAAGUAACUACUGUAUGACAUGUUAUUGCUGUAUCAACCCUGUCUGUUUGCCCUUUAUCUAACGUGAACUACUAAAUUUGCUGCUAAUACUAACCACUCAGGACCUACAGCAGAAGUCAAUUUCAUGGUGUUUGUUUUUUAGUUUUUUUUCAUUACCGUACUUCUCAAAAAGUAUAAGUACAAGUCAGGUUGUUUGCUAUCAGUCAAGGUAGCAGUGGCCAUCACAAAAGGGAAAUUGCAGGCAGGGUCUAAGUCUACACUUAAUAAAAGAGCAUAGUAAAAACUACAAUGUAAUCAUAUUUACAGAUGACACCUUACCUUAUUUAACAAUUUUAAAUUUGUAGCAAACAAAAUUGUCUCCCCCAAAAAAUGAAUAUUGUAUAUAAGUUCACAAGUACACUUUAUUUAUCACUGUGUCCCCUCUUAAGGUAAACAGAGCUAGUGUUGCUUUGUACAUCCUCUGAGACGAUGAAGCUACACAAGUACGAGUGUUAUUUUUCAGACAUGUUGUUUUCUACUUAAAAUCUUGUAUAUUGUAUUGAAAGCGCAUUAACUCUGUGCUACUAUAUGUAAACACCGGAUGCCUCCUUUGGUCUUGACAGAGCAAAACAAAAAAGAUUGUUAUUUUUAAAAAUGUAUUUUAUGAAAAACAUUUGGUUUGGAAGUUGUGUUCACUAGAUAUCACUAGCUAGGUAUCGGAAGUGUUGCAGCAGCUUUUGGCUGGUCCUUUAACACGCCUGCCUCUGAAGUUAUGCAUGAUGAUGUGAUAUUAUACUGUGUUGUGAACUUUAUCGGUAUCCAGGUUUCAGUUGACUGCCACAUAUUUCUCAAUUCUUCCACUCCUCUUUGCUUUCUCUGAUGUGUUGGUUUGGGUUUCUUAGAGUAAAAUCAACCCUCAAGAGAAAUGUGCUUUAUUGCGCAAACAGAAACUAAGGGAGUGUAAUGAACGAGAAUUAAAAGGCUAUCAUCUUGUCAAAUACUAAUCAUAGAAUCAAUCUGAUGUCUCCAUGAAUAGCCAUCAAUCUGUGAGCAAGACACUUAAACCCUCUUCUUUCUCAAUCAUUACAAUUCACCCUACAGCCAACACGUCAAAAGGGAUACGCUGGUUAUCAGUAUUGGAAUAAUUGUCAGCAAGUCACAACCCUUCACCAUGCCGACUGAACAUUGAACAUGUUAACAUCACCUUAUCUGCAUAGUAGCGUCUAAGGUUAUCUUAAAGGUUUGCCGCUAUUGGAGAAAAUUUUCAGUUAAUGACAGAAGAGUUAUCACUUAUGUACGAACAGCUCAUUACUGCAUAGCGAUUCCCAGAGAGGACUGAAAUUUAAUAUUUUAUGUUUGCAUGGUAGAAGUUUCAGAGAAGAAGGUUUAUAUUGUUUAUCAUGUGUAUUAUGUAAGCAAGAAACUUUUGAGAGUUACACGGUUAAACGGAUGCAGGCGUCUGCGUGUGUUCAUAGUGUGUGUGUUGUUGUUGUGGUUGAAGUUGUCCAUUGUCCUGUUGCUAGUUAUAGCUAGAUAGUUAAUAGGCACUAAGUUCGAUGGGUAUGUAUUCUAUUGUGCCUGCUUCUACUGGAGCAUCAUUGCCUAAAUUAAUAAAUUGUAGGCUGUGAGGUACAACUGCUACUACCAAUGUGUACUUCCAUCUUUGUGAUCUGUCAAAUUUUGUUUUUGAUACUUUGGUAAUUAAAAAUAUGUAUUGCAAA